AUGAUCACCACAAUACCACUACAGCACUUCGGCCUUCUCCACAACUUGAUGUUAAUGACAGCACGCUACUGCAGAGAUGAUGAUCAAAGGAGGCAAUGUGGUAGGAGUGUUCAUGAUGCUCAACGAGUUAUUACCGAUGAGGAGGGUGGUGUAUUGUGGAGUUUAAAACAGAAUCUUAUGAAUAGGUAA